GUUGGAAAAGAGACUGUGCAAACCACUGAGGAUCAGAUUUUGAAGAGAGAUAUGCCACCAGCAUUUAUUAAGGUUGAGAAUGCUUGCACCAAGCUUGUCCAGGCAGCCCAGAUGCUUCAAUCAGACCCUUACUCAGUGCCUGCUCGAGAUUAUCUAAUAGAUGGGUCAAGAGGCAUCCUCUCUGGCACAUCAGACCUGCUCCUUACCUUCGACGAGGCUGAGGUUCGUAAAAUUAUUAGAGUUUGCAAAGGAAUUCUGGAAUAUCUUACAGUGGCAGAGGUGGUGGAGACUAUGGAAGAUUUGGUCACUUACACAAAGAAUCUUGGGCCAGGAAUGACUAAGAUGGCCAAGAUGAUUGACGAGAGACAGCAGGAGUUGACUCACCAGGAGCACCGAGUGAUGUUGGUGAACUCCAUGAAUACCGUGAAAGAGCUGCUGCCAGUUCUCAUUUCAGCUAUGAAAAUUUUUGUAACAACUAAAAACUCAAAAAACCAAGGAAUAGAAGAAGCUUUAAAAAAUCGCAAUUUUACUGUAGAAAAAAUGAGUGCUGAAAUUAAUGAGAUCAUUCGUGUAUUACAACUCACUUCUUGGGAUGAAGAUGCUUGGGCCAGCAAGGAUACUGAAGCCAUGAAGAGAGCAUUGGCCUCCAUAGACUCAAAACUGAACCAGGCCAAAGGUUGGCUUCGUGACCCCAGUGCCUCCCCAGGAGAUGCUGGUGAGCAGGCCAUUAGACAGAUCUUAGAUGAAGCUGGAAAAGUUGGUGAACUCUGUGCAGGCAAAGAGCGCAGGGAGAUUCUGGGAACCUGCAAAAUGCUUGGGCAGAUGACUGAUCAAGUGGCUGACCUCCGUGCCAGAGGACAAGGAUCCUCACCGGUGGCCAUGCAGAAAGCCCAGCAGGUAUCUCAGGGUCUGGAUGUGCUCACAGCAAAAGUGGAAAAUGCAGCUCGCAAGCUGGAAGCCAUGACAAACUCAAAGCAGAGCAUUGCAAAGAAGAUCGAUGCUGCUCAGAACUGGCUUGCAGAUCCAAAUGGUGGACCGGAAGGAGAAGAACAGAUUCGAGGGGCUUUGGCUGAAGCUCGGAAAAUAGCAGAAUUAUGUGAUGAUCCUAAAGAAAGAGAUGACAUUCUGCGUUCCCUUGGAGAAAUAUCUGCUCUGACUUCUAAAUUAGCAGAUCUACGAAGACAGGGGAAAGGAGAUUCCCCAGAGGCUCGAGCAUUGGCCAAACAGGUGGCCACAGCCCUCCAGAACCUGCAGACAAAAACCAACAGGGCUGUGGCCAACAGUAGACCCGCCAAAGCAGCUGUCCACCUUGAGGGCAAAAUUGAGCAAGCACAGCGGUGGAUUGAUAAUCCCACAGUGGAUGACCGGGGAGUGGGUCAGGCUGCCAUCCGGGGGCUUGUGGCUGAGGGCCAUCGUCUAGCUAAUGUCAUGAUGGGACCUUAUCGCCAAGAUCUUCUUGCCAAGUGUGACCGCGUGGACCAGCUGACGGCACAGCUGGCUGACCUGGCUGCUAGAGGGGAAGGGGAGAGUCCUCAGGCGCGAGCACUUGCAUCUCAGCUCCAAGACUCCUUAAAGGAUCUGAAAGCUCGGAUGCAAGAGGCCAUGACUCAGGAGGUGUCAGAUGUUUUCAGUGAUACCACAACUCCUAUCAAGCUAUUGGCAGUGGCAGCCACUGCCCCACCUGAUGCACCCAAUAGGGAAGAGGUAUUUGAUGAGAGGGCAGCCAACUUUGAAAACCAUUCAGGAAGGCUUGGUGCCACAGCAGAGAAGGCGGCUGCUGUUGGAACUGCUAAUAAAUCAACAGUGGAAGGCAUUCAGGCAUCAGUGAAGACUGCCCGAGAACUUACUCCCCAGGUGGUCUCAGCUGCUCGAAUCUUACUUAGGAACCCUGGAAAUCAAGCUGCUUAUGAACAUUUUGAGACCAUGAAGAACCAAUGGAUUGAUAAUGUUGAAAAAAUGACAGGGCUGGUGGACGAAGCCAUUGAUACUAAAUCUCUGUUGGAUGCUUCUGAAGAAGCAAUUAAAAAAGACCUGGACAAGUGUAAGGUAGCCAUGGCCAACAUUCAGCCUCAGAUGCUAGUUGCUGGGGCAACCAGCAUUGCUCGUCGGGCCAACCGGAUCUUGCUGGUGGCUAAGAGGGAGGUGGAGAACUCUGAGGAUCCCAAGUUCCGUGAGGCUGUGAAAGCUGCCUCUGAUGAAUUGAGCAAAACCAUUUCCCCAAUGGUGAUGGAUGCAAAGGCUGUGGCUGGAAACAUUUCUGACCCUGGCUUGCAAAAGAGCUUCCUGGACUCAGGAUAUCGGAUCCUGGGAGCUGUGGCCAAGGUCAGAGAAGCCUUCCAACCUCAGGAGCCUGACUUCCCGCCUCCUCCACCAGACCUUGAACAACUCCGACUAACAGAUGAGCUUGCUCCUCCCAAACCACCUCUGCCUGAGGGUGAGGUCCCUCCGCCCAGGCCCCCACCUCCAGAGGAGAAGGAUGAAGAGUUCCCUGAGCAGAAAGCUGGGGAGGUGAUUAACCAGCCAAUGAUGAUGGCUGCCAGGCAGCUCCAUGAUGAAGCUCGCAAAUGGUCCAGCAAGGGCAAUGACAUCAUUGCAGCAGCCAAGCGUAUGGCUCUGCUGAUGGCUGAGAUGUCUCGGCUGGUAAGAGGGGGCAGUGGUACCAAACGGGCACUCAUUCAGUGUGCCAAGGACAUCGCCAAGGCCUCAGAUGAGGUGACUCGGUUGGCCAAGGAGGUUGCCAAGCAGUGCACAGAUAAACGGAUUAGAACCAACCUCUUACAGGUAUGUGAGCGAAUUCCAACCAUAAGCACCCAGCUCAAAAUCCUGUCCACGGUGAAGGCCACCAUGCUGGGCCGAACCAACAUCAGCGAUGAGGAGUCUGAGCAGGCCACAGAGAUGCUGGUUCAUAAUGCCCAGAACCUCAUGCAGUCUGUGAAGGAGACUGUGCGAGAAGCAGAAGCCGCUUCAAUCAAAAUCCGAACAGAUGCUGGAUUUACACUGCGCUGGGUUAGAAAGACUCCCUGGUACCAGUAGGAACCUAGUUGGACCUGGUUGGCACAGCGACUCCUCCUAAACAGAAGGAAAAUGAUCCAAGUCCCCAGGAGCCACCCAGAGUUGCUGGGGGUUGAAAAAACAUUUAUACUCUUUUUUUCAUGGACACUUUGAAAUAUGUCUCCGUAUAAAGCCUGUAUUCUCAAACACAGUUAUACUUGUGCACAUUGUAUUCCAAUAGGCAGACUGGGCUUCUAGCCCAUGGACUUCACAUAAGCUCAGAAUCCAAGAGUGAACACUAGCCAGACACCCUGCUCUGCCCUUGUUCCCAAGGGAAUAUUUCCCUGUCUCCCUUUCCCUGGCCCCCAUUCAUCCUUCCUUUCUCCCAGGACCCAGGCAUAUCAGUUAAGAAGGAAAUCACUGUGCCUCCAAAAAUUGUUUUGUGUUUUCCAUGUUGCUGCCGAGCCUGCCUGCCUUUUCUGGGUUGUGCUACCUGGGUCCUUUUCAGAAGUGGGCUUCACUGCUGCAGGGAAAGGUGGCCUCUGGGGAGCCCCAGCAUAUGGGGUCUGGAUGCAUUUCCUGCCCUUCUCCUAUUUAGUCCUAGUUUCCCACAGUAUAUAGUUCACUGUCAGGAGGAUAUAACAGAAUCACAUGAUUCUGUAUUUACCAUGCCCCUGAGCAAUGUCUGUGCUAGGGAAACUUCCUGUCCCGUACUCUGUCUUGGCCCGCCAAGGUAGCCAUCCCACAAACACACUGUGUCCUGGUGCUCUCUGCCAUUGGGGGAGCAGAGUAGCCAGGGUGUAGCCCUGCCCAUUUUCUCAGCAGGGCCACUCCUAGGCACUCUGUGCUUUGUCACUGCCUGCAGACUGUGCUGAGGCCUUACCAUUCAUUCUUAGCUCUUAAUUGUUCAUUCUGAGCUGAAAUGCUGCAUUUAAUUUUUAACCAAAUCAUGUUUCCUGUUCCUGGUUUUUGUAGUCCUUUCCCACACCCUAAAGAAGAUUUUAAAGAUAUGUGUUUGUUCAUCUGUAAUUUUGAGAUUCUUUUUAUCCUUUGGAAACUCAGCCCUAAGAAUUACGGCUUGCCCCUCAAGAGUGUUUAAUGGAAAAGCAAUCCUGUCUGAAGGACACCUCCUGCCUAAGGGAGAGUAGUAUCUGCAGACUAGAAUUCUGGUGCUGCUGGGGAUGAAUCAAUGGGAAACACUCUUCUGUAAUUUCUACCUCUCUUCAGUCAAUUACAACCAAGCCCUUUGCAUCCUUUCCCAAAUACAAUUGCUCAAAAGAGUAAUGGGUAUAAUAUUUAAUUAUAGCCAUAGUAAGUUUCCUAUUAGGUAAAUUGAGAGGACAGUUUUUCCUUUUUUGCACUAUAUCACUGCUAAGUAUUCCCCAGCACAUGUAACCACAUUUCUUCCCAAAGCCAGAACCAGAUGAGUAAAGGAGUAAUAAGAACCCUUACCUGAAUGUCCUUCCUUCCCAUGCCCAAUGUGUGUUAGAACCCGAUAUCAAAUGCAAAAAACUUGUCUUAAGGUGGUCCUGCACACUCAGGCUUCCUGUUUCCUUUUAACAGAUAAAGAUUAGUUUCAAGGCCCUCAGCAUAUUUGUCUAGUUGCUCAUCUGAUAUAAAUGCAAUAUUAAUGCCUUUAAAGUAUGAAUCUAUGCCAAAGAUCACCUUUGUUUUACUAAAGAUUAUUUAGAGGAAGUAAGAAAAAUCAUGUUUGCUUUCUAAGUUCUUCCAGUGGUCUGAGACACUGGUUUACACUUAUGCCAGAUGUGCUUUUCUCUGAUGUCAGUGCUCAAGACACAGUGAAACAAAUUAAAAAAAAAAAAUCCCUGAAUGAUAAUUAGAGAUAUCACCACUAAAAACUACAUUUAUAAGCUAGGAUUUGUUAUAUGCAAAUAUUUUCUGCCUCUUCUUUUGUUCUGUUUAAAAUAAAAUGCAUUUGUAUAAA